CAUUGCGAGACUUGAAGAGAUUGUCGGGGACCUGAAAGAACGCAACCGCGCCUGCUUGAGUGAACUCAGUGAAGUGAAGAAAGCUAACCAGGUGCUGUUGGAUGAACAGGCGGCCACAAUGCUGACUGUGCAGUCAGUGGAGUCUAAAAACCGGGUUCUGGAAGAGAAUAAUGCAAAACUCAUGCGCCAAAUUAGAAUUCUCCAGCAGCAAGUUGAGGAGUUAAAGAACUUUGAAUCUGACGUGAAGUUCCGUCUUCAACGCGAAGCCGUUCAGAAGGGUCUUUUGGAUGCAGCAACCGCCCAAGUCAGUAUUGAAGGACAAACCACUGAAAACCCUGAAAAGUUUUCUACGGUGCCCACUAAGGCCCAAGCUAAAGCGGAUUUGACGGAGGACGUGAAUAGCGUCCGAUUCAACCCCUCCGGUUCGCUCUUCGCUAGCGGUGGACUGGAUCGCAAGGUCUCUAUAUGGAAGGAGACCAUGGUCUUGGGAGCCUCCAGCGAUUUCGCCUGUCGAGUUUGGACGCUGUCAGAUAAUCGUCUGAAGAUAAACCUCACCGGCCAUUCGGAACGCGUUCUCGCGGCAAGAUUUAUGGGCGAUUCCAACCGGCUGUGGGAUCUUGACAAACGCCAGUGCACACGGACUCUGACUCCUCUUUCAGCCAUUCACGAUGUCGUCGCCUGUUGCUCCCUUCAGUCCGUCAUCAGCGGUCAUUUCGACAAAAAGGUGCGCAUCUGGGAUCAACGCUCCGGUAACAUGACCAACGAGGUCUCCCUCUCCGGCCGCAUAACCGGUCUUGACCUCUCCUGCGUUGAGCUGCGCCAAAACGAGGUGGUGCGCUCUUUCCAGGCCGACGGUUUCCAUAUCAAUUCCGACUUUGUACGACCCUGCUUCUCCCCGGAUGGACAGUAUGUUGCCUGUGGCAGUCUGGACGGGGGCGUCUAUAUCUGGAAUGCAAUGUCGGGCGCCCUGGAACAUGUCCUACGCGGUCAUGAGUAUGUUUCUAGUUUCGCAUGUCCUUCGCUCUCUCCGUUGUUUCCUUGGCUUCAGUGUUUUAUUAUUAUUCGUGAUUGCACCUUCUUUUUGCAUCCCCAUGCAAACUCUACGAGAGAUUAUCGGUUAACAAAAUGGCUUUUCCGACAACCCAGGAGAGCCCUACAAGGCAGGAGUAGUUUCGGACGGUUUGAUCUGAAGUCUUUUCUGCCGUUCUGUUGA